AUGGCCCUGGCCCUGUGGGUCUGCAGUCUGCUGGGCUCCGCCUGCUUGGCGUCAGCCAACAUCUUCGGAGCCGCUUCUCUUCUCCUAGAGUACCAGGUGGAUGCCCAGCCUCUUCGGCCUUGCGAGCUGCAGAGGGAAAGGGCGUUCCUGACUCGAGCGGACUACGUUCCCCAGUGCGCGGAGGACGGCAGCUUCCAGACCGUCCAGUGCGGGGACGGCGGCCGCGCCUGCUGGUGUGUGGGUGCCGACGGCCUGGAGGUGCCCGGCAGCAGGCAGCCUGGGCGGCCGGCGGCGUGUCUGUCGUUCUGCCAGCUGCAGAGGCAGCGGAUCUUACUUGACGGCCACGCUAACAGCUCAGCCACAUCCUACCUCCCCCAGUGUGAGGAUUCGGGGGACUAUGCACCCGUGCAGUGUGACAUUCGGGGGAUGCAGUGCUGGUGUGUGGACGCGGACGGGAUGGAGGUGUACGGGACCCGCCAGCUGGGGAGGCCGACCAGGUGUCCAAGGAGCUGUGAGAUAAGGAAUCGCCGACUUCUCCACGGGGUGGGAGAGAAGUCGCCUCCGCAGUGUUCUCCUGAGGGAGAGUUUCUGCCUGUCCAGUGCAAGUUUGUCAACACCACGGACAUGAUGAUUUUCGACCUGGUCCAUAGCUACAACAGGUUUCCAGAUGCGUUCGUGACCUUCAGUGCCUUCCGGAGCAGGUUCCCCGAGGUGUCUGGGUAUUGUCACUGCGCUGACAGUCAAGGGCGCGAACUGGCUGAGACAGGUUUGGAGCUGUUGCUUGAUGAAAUUUACGACACCAUUUUUGCUGGCCUGGACCUUCCUUCCACCUUCUCUGAGACCACCCUGUACCGGAUACUGCAGAGACGCUUCCUAGCAGUUCAACUGGUCAUCUCCGGCAGAUUCCGAUGCCCCACGAAAUGUGAAGUGGAGCGGUUUACAGCAAGCAGCUUCGGUCACCCCUAUGUCCCCAGCUGCCACCGAAAUGGGGACUACCAGGCAGUGCAGUGCCAGAGGGAAGGGCCGUGCUGGUGUGCCGAUGCCCAGGGAAAGGAGAUCUACGGGACUCGGCGGCAAGGGGAGCCGCCAUCUUGCGCUGAGGACCAGUCUUGUACCUCAGAGAGGCGCCAGGCCCUGUCCAGACUCCACUUCGGGCCCUCAGGCUACUUCAGCCGGCACAGCUUGUUCCUGGCUCCUGAGAAAAGACAGGUCUCUCAGCGAGUAGCCAGAUUGGCCACAUCCUGCCCACUCUUGAUCAAGGAGCUCUUUGUGGAUUCUGGGAUUCUCCAACCAAUGGUAGAAGGGCUGGAUAAACAGUUUUCUGCCUCAGAAAGUCUCCUCAAAGAAGCCAUCAGAGUGAUUUUUCCCUCCCGAGAGCUGGCUCGUCUUGCCCUUCAGUUUACCACCAACCCAAAGCGGCUCCAGCAAAACCUCUUCGGAGGGAAAUUUUUGGUGAAUGCUGGCCAGUUUAACUUGUCUGGAGCCCUUGGCACAAGAGGCACGUUUAACUUCAGUCAAUUUUUCCAGCAAUUUGGUCUCCCAGGCUUCCAGAACAGAGGGCCACCAGCAGAUCGAGCCGAGCCUCUCUCCCUGGGAUUGGAUUCAAGUCCUGCCACAGAAUCUCCUGAAGCCUCUAAGAAGGGUGUUGCUAUGAAUAAGCCAGUUGUGGGCAGCUUUGGCUUUGAAAUCAACUUGCAAGAGAACCUAAAUGCCCUGAAAUUCCUUGUUUCUCUUCUGGAGCUUCCAGAAUUCCUUCUCUUCUUACAGCAGGCUAUUUCUGUGCCGGAAGACAUAGCGAGGGAUUUAGGUGAUGUGAUGGAACUGGUGCUCAGCUCCCAGGGCUGUGAGCAGACCCCUGGUGGCCUUUUUGUCCCAUCAUGCACUGCAGAAGGAAGCUAUGAGGAUGUCCAGUGCUUUGCUGGAGAAUGCUGGUGUGUGGAUUCCCGGGGCAAAGAGCUUCCCGGCUCGAGGGUUAGAGGUGGACGACCCAGGUGCCCUACGAAGUGUGAAAAGCAAAGGGCUCGCAUGCAAAGCCUGUCGGGUAGCCAGCCCGCUGGGUCCAGCCUGCUUGUCCCUUCUUGUACCAGCGAGGGGCAUUUCCUACCUGUCCAGUGUUUUAGCUCAGAGUGCUACUGUGUCGACGCUGAGGGUCAGCCUAUUCCUGGAACUCGAAGCCUACCUGGAGAGCCCAAGCAAUGCCCCACGCCCUGUCAGCUACAGGCCGAGCAAGCCUUCCUUGGGGCAGUGCGGGCCCUGGUCUCUAAUUCCAGCACACUGCCCACCCUCUCCAGCAUCUACAUUCCACAGUGCAGUGCCAAUGGGCAGUGGAGACACGUGCAAUGUGACGGGCCCCCUGAGCAGGCCUUCGAGUGGUAUGAACGAUGGCGGGCUCAGAACAAUGGUGGCCAGGAGCUGUCUCCUGCCCAACUGCUAAUGAAGAUCAUGGGCUAUAGAGAAGCAGCUUCCAGAAGCUUCCGUCUCUUCAUUCAAAGCCUAUAUGAGGCUGGCCAACAAGGCAUCUUCCCAGGGCUGGCAAAAUACUCUUCUCUCCAAGAUGUCCCACUGGCAGUGCUGGAAGGGAACCUGACCCAGCCUGGAGAGAACAUCUUCCUGGAGCCCUACCUCUUUUGGCAGAUCCUAAAUGGCCAGCUCAGCCGAUACCCAGGGCCCUACUCAGACUUUAGCAUUCCUUUGGCACAUUUCGACCUUCGGAGCUGCUGGUGUGUGGAUGAGGCUGGUCAAGAACUGGAAGGAACCCGGGCUGAACCAAACAAGGUCCCAGCAUGUCCUGGUUCUUGCGAGGAAGUGAAGCUUCACAUCCUGAGGUUCAUUGAAGAAACAGAGGAGAUUGUCUUGGCUUCCAACAGUUCUCAGUUCCCUCUGGGAGAGAGUUUCCUGGCAGCCAAGGGAAUCUGGCUGACCAGUGAGGAGCUCGCCCUUCCUCGGCUCUCCCCAUCCUGGGAGACCGUCUCAGAGAAGUUUCUGAGUGGGAACGAUUAUGCCAUUCGUUUGGCAGCUCAGUCUACCUUCGACUUCUAUCAGAGACGCCGCUUUGCCCUGGGGGACUCUGCACGAACAUCUGCCCUUCUGCCGCCCAGCCCCUAUGUGCCCCAGUGCGAUGCGCUCGGAAGAUGGGAGCCCGUGCAAUGCUACGCCCGGACUGGGCACUGCUGGUGUGUGGACGGGAAGGGAGAGUACGUCCCUGCCUCGCUGACUGCCCGCUCCCCACAGAUGCCCCAGUGCCCCACCACCUGCGAGAAAUCUCGAGCCAGUGGGCUGCUUGCCAGCUGGAAACAGGCUGGAUCCCAAGGAAACCCAUCUCCAGAAGACCUAUUCAUCCCAACCUGCCUAGAGACAGGAGAGUUUGCCAGGCUGCAGGCGUCGGAGGCUGGCACCUGGUGUGUGGACCCGGCCACAGGAGAGGGCAUGCCACCUGGCACAAACAGCACAGCCCAAUGCCUGAGCCGCUGUGAAGGGCUCCAGAGGGGAGACCCCUCCAGGAGAGCCAGCCCGGGCUACACCCCGGCCUGCAGGGCAGAGGACGGAGGCUUCUCCCCGGUGCAAUGUGAUCUGGACCAGGGCAGCUGCUGGUGUGUCCUGGGCAGCGGAGAGGAGGUGCCCGGGACCCAUGUAGCCGGGAGCCAGCCGGCCUGUGAGAGCCCACAGUGUCCACUGCCCUUCAAUGUGUCGGAGGUGGCUGGUGGAGUGAUCCUGUGUGAGCGAGCCUCAGGAGAGGCCACCGUCCAGCGGUGCCAGCUGCUGUGUCGCUGGGGAUACCGGAGCGCUUUCCCACCAGGGCCACUGGUGUGCAGCCCCCAGCGGAGGCUCUGGGUGUCACAGCCACCUCAGCCCCGGGCCUGCCAGCGGCCCCAGCUGUGGCAGACCCUCCAGACCGGAGCGCAGAUCCAGCUGCAGCUCCCGCCCGGCUCGCUGUGCAGGGCCGACGACGCGGGUUUGCUGCCGGUUUUCCAGGGCUUCAUAUUAGACGAGCUCAUGGCACGUGGCUUCUGCCAGAUCCAGGUGAAGACUUAUGGGACCCCCGUUUCCAUUCCUGUCUGCAACGACUCCACGGUGCGGGUGGAGUGUCUGACCCAGGAGCGUGUAGGAGUGAAUGUCACGUGGAAAUUGCGGCUGGAGGAUGUCCCACCGGCCUCUCUUCCUGAUUUGCGGGACGUUGAGGAGGCCUUAGUGGGCAAGAAUCUCAUCAGACGCUUUGCAGAUCUGAUCCAAAGUGGAGCAUUCCGGCUUCAUUUGGAUUCCAAGACGUUUCCAGUAGACACCUCCAUACGCUUCAUCCAAGGGGCCAGCUUUGGCACCUCUCCCAGGACGUGGUUUGGGUGCUUGGAAGGAUUCCACCAAGUCUCGGCCACAAGCAGCGCCGGUCAGGACCCGCUGGGGUGCGUUCAGUGUCCUGAAGGAAGCUAUUUUCAGGAUGAGCGAUGUAUUCCCUGUCCCGUUGGAUUCUACCAAGAACGGGCAGGUGGCUUGGCCUGUGACCCCUGUCCUCUGGGAAGAACAACUCUUUCUGCGGGAGCCUUCAGCCAGACUCACUGCGUCACUGACUGUCAGAAGAAUGAGACGGGCCUGCAGUGUGACCAAGACGGCCAGUACCGAGCCAGCCAGAGGGACAGGGGCAGUGGGAAGGCCUUCUGUGUGGACGGCGAGGGGCGGAGGCUGCCAUGGUCGGAAACCGAGGCCCCACUCACGGACUCCCUGUGUCUGAUGAUGCAGAAAUUUGAGAAGGUUCCAGAAUCUCAGGUGCUCUUCAAUGCCGACGUUGCUGUGGUGGUCCGGUCCAGAGUUCCUGAUUCUGACUCUCCACUGAUACAGUGCUUGGCAGACUGUGCGUUGGAUGAAGCCUGUAGCUUCCUCACAGUGUCCACGGCGGGAUCAGAAGUCUCGUGUGAUUUCUAUGCUUGGACAAGUGACAACAUCGCCUGCAUGACUUCUGGUCAGGAUCGAGAAGCGUUGGGGAACUCGGAGGCCACUGGCUUUGGAAGUCUCAGGUGCCAGGUGCAAGUGAGGAGCGGGGAUGGAGGCUCUCUGGCGGUGUAUUUGAAAAAGGGCCAAGAAUUCCCCACAGCUAGUCAGAAAAGCUUCCAAAACACUGGUUUCCAGAACACGCUCUCCGGAGUGUACAACCCUGUCGUGUUCUCAGCCUCAGGAGCCAAUCUGACGGAGGCCCAUCUCUUCUGUCUUCUUGCAUGUGACCGUGAUUCGUGCUGUGACGGCUUCAUCCUCGCGCAGGUGCAAGGAGGUCCCAUCAUCUGCGGGCUCCUGAGCUCCCCUGAUGUCCUGCUUUGCAAUGUCAAAGACUGGAGGGACCCCUCUGAAGCACAGACCAGCGCCACCUGUCCUGGUGUGACCUAUGACCAUGGGAGCCGCCAGGUGACGCUGCGUCUGGGAGGUCAGGAGUUCAAGAGUCUGACCCCCCUGGAAGGACCUCAGGGCAUCUUUACCAGUUUCCAGCAGGUGUAUCUCUGGAAAGAUUCCGACAUGGGGUCUCGGUCUGAGUCUAUGGGAUGUAGUGGGGACAGGGAACCAAGGCCAGCAUCUCCAACAGAAACAGAUGUGAUGACAGAGCUUUUCUCCCCAGUGGACCUCAGCCAGGUUGUUGUCAAUGGAAGUCAGUCCCUGCCCAGCCAGCAGCACUGGCUUUUCAAGCACCUCUUUUCACCUCAGCAGGCAAACCUGUGGUGCCUUUCUCGCUGUUUCCAGGAGCCCUCCUUCUGUCGGCUGGCAGAGAUAACAGACAGCGCACCCCUGCACUUCACCUGCAUCCUCUACCCCGAGGCCCAGGUGUGUGACGAUGUCCUGGAGUCCACUCCCAAGGGCUGCAGACUGACCCUGCCCCACAGACCAGGGGCCCUGUUCCGGAAGAAAGUUGUCCUGAAAGAUAAGGUGAAGAACUUCUACACUCGCCUGCCAUUCCAGAAGCUGACGGGGACUUCCAUCAGAAGCAAAGUGCCCAUGUCUGACAAAUCCAUGUCCGAUGGGUUCUUUGAAUGUGAGCGGCUGUGUGAUGUAGACCCGUGCUGCACUGGCUUCGGCUUUCUGAAUGUUUCCCAGUUGAAAGGAGGAGAGGUGACAUGCCUAACUCUGAACAGCUUGGGAAUUCAGACCUGCAGUGAGGAAAAUGGAGGAACCUGGCGCAUUUUGGACUGUGGCUCUCCCGACACCGAGGUCCGCACUUAUCCAUUUGGAUGGUACCGGAAACCUGUCAGUGAAAACAAUGCUCCCAGUUUCUGCCCUGCGGUGGUUCUGCCUCCCCUCGAGGAGAAAGCCGCUCUGGAUGCAUGGCAGUCCCUGGCCCCCUCGUCCGUAGUUCUUGAUCCGUCCAUCAGGAACUUUGAUGUUGCCCAAAUCAGCACGGCUGCCACCAGCGACUUCUCUGUUGCCCGAGACUUCUGCUUGUUGGAGUGUUCCCGUCACAAGGCCUGCCUCGUCACCACUCUGCAGACCCAACCUGGUGCCGUGAGGUGUGUGUUCUAUCCUGACACCCAGAGCUGUACUCACAGCCUGCAGGCCCAGAACUGCCAACUUCUGCUUCGUGAAGAGGCCACUUACAUCUACCGGAAGCCAAACCUCCCUCUCCUUGGCUCUGGGACAUCUGCGCCUUCUGUGACCAUCGCCACCCACGGCCAGCUGCUGGGCAGGUCCCAGGCCAUCCGGGUGGGCACUUCGUGGAAGCAGGUGGACCAGUUCCUGGGAGUUCCGUAUGCCUCCCCGCCCUUGGCAGAGAGCCGCUUCCGGGCACCCGAGCCCCUGAACUGGACAGGACCUUGGGAUGCCACCAAGCCACGGGCCAGCUGCUGGCAGCCGGGUGCCAGAACGCCCCUGUCUCCCGGACUCAGCGAAGACUGCCUGCAUCUCAAUGUGUUUGUCCCCCAGAAUGUGUCCCCACAGGCCCCCGGAGCGUCCGUGCUGGUGUUCUUCCACAACUCCAUGGAGGGCAGGGUGAGCGAAGGACAGCUGGCCCUUGACGGUUCCUUCCUGGCUGCUGUUGGCAACCUCAUCGUGGUCACUGCCGGCUACCGAGUGGGCGUCUUCGGCUUCCUGAGUUCCGGGUCCAGUGAGGUGAGUGGCAACUGGGGGCUGCUGGACCAGGUGGCGGCUCUGACCUGGGUGCACACUCACAUUGGAGCGUUUGGCGGGGACCCUCGGCACGUGGCCCUGGCAGCAGAUCGUGGCGGAGCUGACGUGGCCAGCAUCCACCUUCUGACCACCAGGACUGCCAACUCCAGACUCUUCCGGAGAGCCGUGCUGAUGGGCGGCUCCGCGCUCUCCCCUGCCGCGGUCAUCAGCCAGGAGAGGGCUCAGCAGCAGGCAGCUGCUUUCGCAAAGGAGGUCGGCUGCCCCACCUCGUCCAUCCAAGAAAUGAUAUCCUGCCUCCGCCAGGAGCCCGCCAACGUCCUCAAUGACGCCCAGACCAAGCUCCUGGCCGUGAGCGGCCCGUUCCACUACUGGGGACCUGUGGUCGAUGGCCAGUACCUCCGAGAGGCUCCAGCCAGGGCACUGCAGAGGUUUCCACGGGCGAAGGUCGAUCUGCUCAUCGGGAGUUCUCAGGACGACGGGCUCAUCAACAGAGCAAAGGCCGUGAAGCAAUUUGAGGAGAGUCAAGGCCGGACCAGCAGCAAAACAGCCUUCUACCAGGCGCUGCAGAACUCGCUGGGCGGCGAGGAGGCGGACGCGGGAGUGCAGGCGGCCGCCACGUGGUACUACUCUCUGGAGCACUCCGCCGACGACUACGCCUCCUUCUCGCGGGCCCUGGAGAACGCCACCCGGGACUACUUCAUCACGUGCCCUGUGAUCGACAUGGCCAGCCACUGGGCAAGGAGGGCCCGGGGAAACGUCUUCAUGUACCACGCUCCCGAAAGCCAUGGCCACAGCAGCCUGGACUUGCUGGCAGAUGUUCAGUACGCCUUUGGGCUUCCCUUCCACCCUGCCUACGAGGGCCAGUUUACCCUGGAAGAGAAAAGCUUGUCCCUGAAGAUCAUGCAGUACUUUUCCAACUUCGUCCGGUCUGGAAAUCCCAACUACCCUCAUGAGUUCUCCAGGAAAGCACCUGAAUUUGCAGCCCCCUGGCCUGACUUUGUCCCCCGUGCCGGCAGAGAGACCUACAAGGAGUUCAGUGCCCUGCUCCCCAACCAACAGGGCCUCAAAAAGGCUGACUGUUCCUUCUGGUCCAAGUACAUUCAGUCUCUGAAGGCACUGGCAGGUGAAGCCAAGGACGAGCUGUCAGCAGGGAGUGAAGAGGAGGACCAACCGGCUGGCUCUGGGCUGAGAGAAGACCUCCUGGGUCUCCCGGAGCCAGGUUCCAUGAGCUACAGCAAGUGACCAGCUCUGGAGACCCCCAUCCGCUCUGCCAACCCCACCCUGGCCUGCCACCCUAGGCAGCUUAUUCUCUAAAAUAGCCACUAACUUUCAAUAAAGUGUCCACAUGCAGUGAA